AUGGGGGACGAUGAAUACUACACUUUGGAUGAAAUAGUUUCGUCUGAAACCAGUGAAAGCGCUGUAGUUUAUGGUGCGAUUGAGGAUGAUGAGGAGAAAUGUACCUUCCCAAAGGGUUACCUUAAAAGGCAGGCAGUUUUCGCGUGUAAAACCUGUUACGAAUUAACUGGCAAAAGAGCAGGUGUAUGCUACGAAUGUUCUAUGAAUUGCCAUGCAGCUCAUGAAAUCGUUGAGCUCUACACUAAGCGUCAUUUUCGGUGUGAUUGCGGGAAUAGCAAGUUCAAAGGUGCCUCCGUGUGCAAUCUCUGGGAGGAGAAGGAUGAUGUGAAUACUGAGAACAAGUACGACCAUAAUUUUGAUGGCGUCUUUUGCACCUGUUUGCGUCCAUAUCCUGAUCCUGAGCUUGAGGGGAAUACAGAAAUGUACCAAUGUUCAAUUUGUGAAGAUUGGUUUCAUUUGCAACACCUAAAUAUGCCGCUAGACUUUCGACCCAACGAUGAUUUUGAAGAGCUGGUUUGCCUGAACUGUGUGAAGCGAUUCCCAUUACUUUGGCUCUUCUACUACUGUCAAAUGCAACCGGAGAAUGCAGACUGUUCGUUGCCUAAAAAGCCGAGGAUUGAUGACAGUGUUGACCAACUGAACACUUCCGCUAGUGUUAAAAGUACAGAGGCUUGUCGAAUUCCCCACGUUUUAUCCGUAUGCGGUGUCAGAAAGUUGAAUCCACCAACAGCGGACAUGGGGAGGCUUACGGUUAAUGGUUUUUCUUUCCCAUCUCCUAUAUUCUGGUGCAAUGAUUGGCGCACGGAUACACUGUGUACCUGCGAUUCCUGUAAGAAAAUGCUUAAAAGUCUUGGUAUCGGGUUCCUCUUGGAUCCAGAGGACUCGGUUGUGCAUUACAUGGAAGUUGGCCGACAAAGGGUGGCACAACUUCAAGCGAGGCGUGAGAACUUGAUUUCCGAGGCUCUUGCUGAAUUACCACAUCCGGCAGCGGUAGAAGUUGCUCGGGGUAUCAGUCGAUUCAGGGAGGCCCUCACCGACUUCUUGACCAAACCACGUGAAAAAAACGUCGUCACCGAGGAAGAGGUUAAAGAGUUUUGCGAGGAUCUGAAAAAGGAUUUGUGA